CAUAGCCAACUUCUAUAUUUACACAUAUUGAGUUGUUCAUUUCAGUCUUUCAUGAAUGCUUCCUCUGGAAUGCUAUUGGCGUAUACGCGCACCAAUUCUAUACAGUAAACAAAGAACACCUUGCAGCCAGCUAUAGCCCGGGUGGCGCGACUAUAAAAUACAAGUUCGCAAAGCAAUACUUAUCAUUACUCUACCAUCAAAUAGAAGACUCAUAUAAUCUACAGUCAACAGACAAAUAAAUCAAGAUGUUCAAAAGUUGUAUCUCUAUGUUAGCACUGGCAUCGGCCGUCACCGCCAUUGCGCCCCGUCAAGAGGAAGAGUGUAAAACCAUCGCCCAAUUGGCGACGGAAACCCCUGAGCUGUCAACAUUGCUUGACCUGGUAGUAAAAGCGGACUUGGCUGAAGCACUUAGCGAUCCGACAACAACGCUGACAGUUUUCGCACCCACUAACGCCGCUUUCGAAAAGGUCGACGCCGCAACUCUGGAAUUCUUAUCAGACCCUGAUAAUAUUGCCGCGCUAACUGAUGUACUUAUCUACCACGUAUAUCCCGAUGCUGUUUCGUCAGAUCUUGCCAUGGAUGGCAUGAUGAUCGAGAUGCUGAAUGGCGAUGAGGCCAGUAUCUCCGUCGCUGAAGAUGGUUCAGUGAUGAUAAAUGAUGCACUGGUUAUUACAGCCGAUAUCUCCGCGUGUGGAGGCAGCUACGUGCACAUUAUCGAUACCGUACUAAUACCGCCAGUGGACGAUGGUAUGUCGACCAGUGACGGUGAGGAUAUGGAUAUGGGUAUGGAUGCUAUGGAGAGUGGUGACGCCAUGGAGAGUGCCAUGGAGAGUGGUGAUGUCAUGGAGAGUGGAAGUGCCAUGGAAAGUGGGGAUGUCAUGGAGAGUGAUGCUGUUUCGGAGAGUGGUGAGACAUGCAUGACUGUCGCCGAGAUCGCAAUGGCCACCCCCGAGCUGACAACCCUGGUGGAGGCUGUAGUAGCUGCCGGUCUGGUUGAUGCUUUAUCCGAUCCCGAGUCGACCAUGACUGUCUUCGCGCCCACCAACGAUGCGUUCGCGGCUCUCAACCCUGCGACACUCGCCUCACUAAUGGAGGAAGAGAGUGUGGCAUCUCUCAUUGAGAUCUUGACCUACCACGUGCUUCCCGGUGUAGGUGUGAUGGCGGCCGACGCUGCUGAUGGUGAUAUCACUAUGAUGAAUAUGCAGGACGCCACUAUAUCCGUUGUCGAUGGUGAGGUGUUCAUCAACGAUGCUAAAGUUGUUAUGGCUGAUAUUCCAGCCUGCGGAGGUAGUGUCAUUCAUGUCAUCGACAUGGUUCUUAUCCCCGCGAUUGAGUAAACGUAUUUCGUUUAUUGACAUAUUUAAUCUGAAGGCUGUGAAAAGUGACAGCUAUCAUCUAAAAAUACCGAGCAACUAAUACGCAGCGCAAUAAUAAAAAAGCUUCAUACAAUA